CAAGAUGUCGAUAUGAAACCUGCAGAACCCGAGGACGAAACAGCCGACGCACACGAAGACGAGGGAAUGGGCGACUUAUUUGGUGAGGAGCGGGACAUCGAUUUUGUAAAGCACGAACAUGCGCUUGACACGAAAUCACCCACCCCGAUAUCCCCACCUCCGCCUGACGGCCUUUCGGCCUUGGAUAGGAAGCAAAGACAGGCAUUGGAGUAUGAGGAAGAAGAGGAGCCAAAUCCAGUCGUGCACCUGGAGGCCUCCGUCACCAUUCCCAAUAUUCCUGUCCCCCAGAGUUCAGACAGCCAGCAUUGGGUCAUUCGCACGCCCAACUUUGUCAAGGUGGAUUCCAAACCUUUCCACCCUGAUACAUACAUCGGCCCAGAGCAGGAGGACGAAGACCUCCGGUACGGUACUGCUGCACACGACCGCGAUAUGGGGAUCAAGCUUCGCGUCGAAAACACUGUACGUUGGCGCUGGGUCAAGGAUGAACGUGGCCAAGACCGGAGGCAGUCCAACGCUCGUAUCGUGCGAUGGUCCGACGGCAGCCUGAGCUUGCGUCUCGGCAAGGAAUAUUUUGACAUGAGCCAAGUCAUAGAUACGUCAGGUUCGGCCCCGCGACAUGCCCUCGGCAUAGCUCCGUCAUCCUCUCAGACUCUGUCUACCCCCACCCCCACACUCAUACCUACGCCGCCCUCACAACCCACAAAAUCCCAGGGUCUCACGUACCUCGUCGCGCAACACAAGCGCGCCGAGAUCCUCCAGGCGGAGGCCCUCAUCACGGGCUACAUGACCCUUCGGCCGACCGACAUGCAGUCCGAGACGCACCGGCUGCUCGUGCGUGCGGUCGGCCAAAAGCACAACAAGGUCGCGCGCUUGCGCAUGGCGCCAGACCCACAUACGGACCCAGAGCGCGAGAAACAGGAGCUCAUGCGCCAGGCAGCAAAAAAACCUCGCCGGGUGCGAGGCGAGGACGAGCUAUUUGGCGGGAGCGCCGGGCGAAGACGCCGUGGGGCCAGCAUGGGUACGAGGCGGCGCUCUGGUGACGACAUGUGGAGCGACGACGAGGACGAGGCUGAGUUCGACGGGUCCGAAGAGGGCGAUGAGGACGGUGCCGCCGGCGGAAGCCGGCCGGGAAAGCGGCGACGGCCUCAGGAGACCGAGGGACGACGUGGGGGCGAAUACCAGACGGAUGACUUUUUGGUUGCGGACUCAGACGAGGAGGGUCACGGGUCAGACGAGGGGGCACACGGGCGACGAAGAAGGCGACACAAGAAUGGCGAAGAGGAGGACCCGCUGGACAAGUUGGAAAACAAAAUCAGUCAACAAGCGGCGGCGGAACGCCGACGCCGACGGGACGAGGGGCCGGCCGACGAUGGUGCUGUGGAAGGCGGGAAGGAUGCUGUGGAGGACGACGAGGGGGGACGCGACGAGGAGAUGGACGUCGAGAGCGAGGAGGACGAGGAGUUCCGUGUGCGCCGAGCAGGCGGUGGGACUCGGAAACGACGAAUCGACCUGGACGAGGAGGACGAGUGAAGGGUU